GAAAACCCCGCAGCGCAGCCCCAUAGCCAGACCCCUCGUAGCCAGCCCCAACCCUCCCUGAAAAUCCCACAGCGCAGCCCCAUAGCCAGACCCCUCACCCCCCUAAACCCCAGAUCCAGCCAUCCAGGACUGAUCACUUUGCCUCAUCCAGAGCCUGCUCCCCCUACAUCCCAGGCCCCUUCGCUGAACCCCCAUGUCUCAGCCCUCAGCUCUACCCUAGCUACCCCCAGUCUUGCCCUCAUACUUCAGUCUCCAGGACAACCCCCCAAUUUAUUCCACUCCAAACCCUAACUCCUAGCUCUACCCCCAGACCCAAUCCCCCCCCCUCGACACACACACACACACACAUUCCUUUCCUCCCACCCCCAAAUUGGCCCAACCCUCCCUGCUUUCCAAGGGCAAUAGAGAUGGGGUGGGGGGAGGCAGAGGGCAGGUCUGAAGUAGCUGGGAUGGGGUUGGCACUGGGGUGGGAGGUUGCUGCUGGGAUGUUACAGGAGGGGUUUACCCUAGCACUGAGCAUGAGGGAUACCUAGCUCUUAUAUAGUGUUUUAUAAAGGAGGCAGUAUCAUUAGCCUCACUUUACAGACGGUGAAACUGAGGCACCGGGAGGGGAAGUGACUUGUCUAAGAUCACCGAGCAGACCAGUGGCCAACCCAAGGCUCCUGAAUGCUCAAUUUAGUAACAGGCAGACGGAGCUGCCUGCAGCAGAUCACAUAACACGCUGUGCUGCAAACCCUUGUUCACUCCCACCAGCUCCCAUCUGCAGCCCACCACACUAUCCCAUGCCGUGUCAUGGCUUCCUCAGGACUCUGGGCCCUGGAUUAUGAGGUCUAUGGGGACGUGCAAGGUGUCUUCUUCAGAAAGUACACAGAAGACCAGGGCAAGAAGCUGGGGGUGGUCGGCUGGGUGAAGAACACCCCCUAUGGGACUGUGACUGGGCAGGUGCAAGGGCCCAAGGAAAAGAUUGAGAUCAUGGGCCAUAGAAACCUGCCUGCCCAUCCCCCAUCACCCGUGGCAACCGGGAAGGGCAGGCGGGGCAACUUCCGUAGCAACGGCUCCGUCACCUUCAGAGAGAUGACAACCGGAGGCAGUUUCCAUAGCAACAAGUCCCCCUUCCAUCACCUUCAACAUUUGGAGACAGAGAGAGAAGUGGAACAGUUUCCAUAGAAACCAGUCUCCCCCCAUUUCCACCACCUUCAGGGCUUGAACAAAUUGGGGCCGCUUCUAUAACAGCCAGUCUGCUUCAUUCCCCCAUCCCUUUUCACGAACGAGAUAAUGGGGGAAAGGCAGGGUCCAUAGCAACUAGUCUCCCCCAUCUUUGCUUCAGGUCCUGGAAGGAGAUAAAAGAGGAGGCAGGUUCCACAUGGACUUUACAGGCUGAACCUGUUUGUGUGGGAUAAUGGCUGGGUAAAUGCCAGCUGUGUAAACAGGGAGCCAGGACUUCUGGGUUCUGUCCCUAGAUCUGGGAAAGGAGUGGUGUCUAGUGAUUAGAGCAGGGGGGCUGGGACUCCUAGGUUCUAUUCCUGGUUCUGGGAGGGAAGUGGAAUGUAUUGGGAGCGGGGGAGGCUGCAACCCCCUGACUCUGGGGUUCCAUCCCUGGCUCUGGGAACGGAAUGGGGUCCAAUGGUUAAAGCAGUGGGGCUGGGAGCCAGAGCUCUCCUUAUGGAUGCUUAUGGAUGCUCUUCCCCCCACC